CGGACCGUCCGAAUCGGAUGUAAAUCGCGUAUUUACCUCUCCUCAGUGCGUGGUGGUGGCGUGGAGUUGGUGAGCUUCGACAUGCGCCACAACCAUCUUGUCUCUGUGCAGACGGCUCGCCUCUACUGUCAGAAUCGGCGACUACCUCCCGAGGCCCUGCAGAAAGCCGCCGGUCUUAUUGCCGAAAAAUAUUGGUAA